AUGGCUUCAUCAAAGAAAACGGCAAGAAUCAUUUCCCGCAUUGCUUCUCGCGUAUAUUUCCUCCUAAUUAUCUUUCAAAUUCCUCUUUUCAGAAUUGGUACCUGUACAUCACCAAUAGAGGUGACUUCUUCUCAGUUGAUUGCAAGUAAAGUCCUUCCUGCAGUUGUAGUGAAAUCCCUUCUCUACCCAGGAGCCAUUGCAAAUGCUAUUGUAAAGGAAAAGGCCAUCCCUGGCUAUGAUAACCUGCUAAAUGCAUAUAAAUUCCACCAUGCCAAGGAAGGUCCUGCCACAACUGAUCUUCAGCACCUGGAGAUUCUUGCAGGAAGCUACUUGUGUGUGGCAGGAGCAUUCUUAGGCAUCAUAAAACCAAGCAGAGUGGGCUUGUUUGGGAUAUGUCUCCUCAUGUGGGGACUCACCAAGGAACUCUCUCUCCUGAAACAUGCAGCCAGCGAUCCGACCAAAGCUAUUUAUUUCUAUCCAACAUUCUCAAUUGCUGUUGUUUUGGCCUUCCUUUCUGUUAGAGGAGAUGUCAGAAAGAUAAUCCGCAGUUGCAAACCUAAGCGCAUUGCUCAUCCAUUCUGGACCUAUGCAAAAGCGAAAAAUAAAUGAGUUCGAACGCCCAUAAGGUGUGACUACAUUCUCAAAUCUAUGUUUUUUUUCACGUCGUUGUAUUGUCUGAGAAUUUUUAACGUAUUAGUUUCUGUGGCACACGCGAUGGCUGAUUAACUAACAAUUGAUAGGGAAGUAGGUCAAGAUCAAGUCUAAAUUGGAAUGGAUUUUGUACACGUGCCACAAAUAUUUGUUACCUAGGUUGAAAGUGAGAGGACGUAUUCGAUUCUUUUAUUUUUUUUGACUGUAACCAUAUGUUUUGAGCUGCUACGGCAGGUGUUUGACCCAUCG